CACACACACACAAGCAAAAAAAGCAUCCUUACACACUCACACACACAUCUCAUCAUUUGGUGAUGGCAGAAAAUAAAAGUACCAUUUGUUGCAUUGCUUAGCAUAAGAGGUUGUGGACAUUGGCUUUAAGGCUUGUGAGAAAUGAUAUAAGGAAAUUUGAAAAUGGCCGAACGUCGUGGUCGCAUUCCCGUGGCCAAGUUCCGCACCCAGGAGGCCAAAACCCGUAGCAGGAGUCGCGUCCGAGAGCCAGACUAUAAUGAGCAGGAUCCAGAGCACGAUAUGUUCACGCUACUGGAGGAUAACAUCGCCCUGAGGGAGGAGAACAAAGCCCUCAAGCUGGAAAUAGAAACUCACAAAACCACUCAGGAGGAGCAGCAAGCUCAGCACGAAAAGUUGUGCAUUCAACUGGAGUCUCUGCAACAGCAGCAGACCAACUUCGAGUCCCAAAUCAAGGAACUGAGCUCGAAAUUCAACAAGGCUUUGAACGAGAGAAAUGCUUUAGAUAAGUUGCACAAAAUGAAGGUCGAUCAGAUCCACAAUCUCACCAGCGAACUGGAGCACAUGCGUGAAAAGCAGCAUGAUCAGAGUCCUGAACCUAUCAUCUCUCGACCUGUUAUCGGUUCGGUGGAACUCAAACGAAAACUGUUCAAGAUCCUGCAACAAGGCAGUGCUGACAGCGCCGACAGUUUCGGUAAUCAGGACUUGGAUAGCUUAGUGGAUGUUAACUCUGAGGGAGUACCAAUUACCUCUGGCCUGAUGGAGCGUUUAGCAGAUGAGUUUCUAACGCUCAAGCAUUCCACCAAUACUGUGGAGCUACAGCUUUAUGAGGCCAAUGAAAAGAUGUCUGAGCUACUGGAGCAGCAACACUCAUUGGAGGAGGAGAACGAAUCGCUGCGCACUGAGAACAGCAAUCUAACCAAGGUGGCCAAGUUGCUCACCGAAAACAUGAAGGAAAGUGUGGAAACUAGCCAGAAAAUGGAGGCGGCGCUGAUCAAACUGAAGCAGCGCAACGAUGAGCUGACUGCCAGGACUCGGGAUCUUACUGAUGGACAGCCAGGUGCCAGGACCAGUACCACUUCGAGCGUGCUAAAUGAACAGGAGGAAUUCGAGCAGAUCCAGGAUCAGGUGCAGCAGCAGGCUCGCGAGCACAAUGAACGCAUCGUGGAAAUGCAAUGUCUAAUGGAUGCGGCUAUAGCCAAAACUACUAACGAUGAACUAAAAAAAUUACAACUUAAGUUGGAGAUACUCGAGGAGCAGCUGCGCGAGGCAGUGCUGCGAGCUGAUCGAGCCGAGGAUCAACUGGCGCGCUACCACGAGGCCGAGCAAAAGUCUCUGGCAGCUCCACCUCCGCCACCACCACCACCGCCACCGCCGCCUCCCAUGGCGGGCAAGCUUUUCUCUGGCGCCUCUGGUGGAGAUUGCGGAGGUGGUAGCUUCAGUGAGACAAUUGCUGGCCACAGUUUGCGCAAAGGCAGCGGCGACAAGAUUAUCGAUAAUGUGAAGCAUCAGGUACAAGCCGAAGCAGCAACAGGUCUUGACGCUCUAGUGCGGGAGUUCAAGUCGGGCGGCGUGACACUGCGGAGGCGAAAUCGACGCAAGACCGGCACCAGCGAGGCCCUCAAGGAGAUGUUCCAGGUUUUAGAGAUAAGUCAGAAGCAGAACCGCAACUCCAAGAUAUGCGUGGAUCUGCACUCAUCCCGUGGAGUGGAUGUCUAAUCCUUCACAAAACCCCCAGGAGUUCCUGCUCUGUUCUCAGCUCUCUUUCCCAACUUCCCUACUACGUCUUGGUCUCAAAUCUCAGGACUCAUCAGCUGUCCCUGAACAACGAACAUUCCGUGCAUUUUCAAACUGUAUUAUUUUUGUGCCUUUUUCGAGGAUGAAAUCAACGCCAUUUACAAUCUACUAAGCUUAAGCUUCGACCAUAUACUACUACCCUUUAACCUAAACCUAACUACACUAUUUUUGCUAAUCUAACCCACUUUUGUGUCCGGCCCUGGAUAAUUGUGUUCAUUUUAACAGGUUUCGCGUUUACUAAUCAAAGAAACCCCAUCGGAUACCAAUAAAUAUCAAUACAUUUUUUAAAA